AUGUCUUUGCUUCUCAAGCUUCCUCUUUUGGUAUCCGAAGCAGUAUGUAUGCGAGUCUCUGGUACACCUCCAAAUCCUCCAACGAUCUCUGGUUUUAUGGUUGUCCCUGAUUGGAGAGAGCAUUUUCUCAGAAGCCUUGCAUAUCCUUCAAAAUUCCUUCGCACGACAUCGUGGCUCGCACAAUUUGUAGAAUUCAUCGUUAUCAUCGCCUAUCACAACCCCGCAGGACCAAUAUCUCAUCUCGUCCUCAAGAGCUUGGUCGAUGAACCCUCUUGUGUCGAGGGCAUUCAUGUAACUCCUCUGUACUUAGUGGGGAAUAUACUCAACCUCACUGGGACGAUUCUCCGUGUUCAGUGUUAUCGUACACUGGGUCAACUCUUCGUAUUCGAACUCCGCAUCCAAAAGGAUCAUCGGCUUAUUACGGAGGGUCCAUACGCAUACGUACGACACCCCAGCUACACUGGCCUCAUUCUAACAAUCAUAGGUACAUUUCUGAGCCAUGCGUCAGGCUCGUGGAUCUCACAAUGUGCACCUUUACAAAAUGCCUCCAUGCAAGCUCUUGUUGGGCUUUGGAUGAUAGUCGCAAUCGCAGUGGUCAUCAGUCUGCUGCUUCGCGUCAGCAGAGAGGACACUAUGCUGGAAAAGGCUUUCGGCGAUAAUUGGACAAAAUGGUCAGAGAAAGUUCCAUAUCAACUAAUUCCGGGGAUUUAUUGA